AUGACGCAUAUUCAACAUUUAUUUGUGAUAAAUCGCGCCGGAAGUUUGAUCUACCAUUGGGAAGGCAAAAAUGAGGUGGUAAGUCGAGUUUCCGCUCAAAAAACACCGCGAAAACCGCGAAAAAUCAAUAAAAUUGUUUAUUUCAGGCGGAAAUCGAUAAAACCUACACAUCGCAUCCGAUGGCGGUGCAUUUAGAGGAAGUCGAUCAGAAGGCGGUGGUGGUUUUUGGCGAAAAAGAGGGUGUCAAAUUGCGGUAUUAUGUGAAAUCGAUCAAUAAUUCGCCGGUGUCGGGAACUCGGUUUUUUGUGGAUAAUGAGGAGGAGCCGCAGAAUGUGUUGGAAUUUUUGCAAAAACCUGAGAAUUUUCCGGUAAUUUUGAGGGGUUUUGGCCUGAAAAUGGCCUUAGAAAGUCUAGUAAAGCCUGAAAAUACCCUGAGAAGCUUAAGAAAGGCCUCAGAGCCUAGAAAAGGUCUUAGAAAGUCUAGAAAAGCCUAAAAAUGGCCUGAAAAGCUUUAGAAAGGCCUUAGAGCCUAGAAAAGGCCUCUGGAAGUCUAGAAAAACCUAAAAAUGGCCUGAGAAGCCUAAAAAUACCCUGAAAAGCCUAAGAAAAGGCCUACAACUGUCUGGAAAAGCCUAAAAAUGGCCUGAAAAGCUUUAGAAAGACCUUAGAGCCUAGAAAAGGCCUUAGAAAAGCUUCUAAAGCCUAAAAAUGGCCUGAAAAGCUUUAGAAAGGCCUUAGAGCCUGGAAAAGGCCUCAGAAAGCCUAGAAAAGCCUAAAAAUACCCUGAAAAGCUUCCGAAAGGCCUCAAAGCCUAGAAAAGGCCUCUGAAAGUCUAGAAAAGCCUAAACAUGGCCUGAAAAGCUUCCGAAUGGCCUUAAAGCCUAGAAAAGGCCUCAGACAGUCUAGAAAAGCCUAAAAAUGGCCUGAAAAGCUUCCGAAAGGCCUUAGAGCCUAGAAAAGGCCUCAGGCAGUUUUCCCCGUAAUUCUCAAAGGAACAUACAGUAAUCUCGAAAUUUUGCAGGUUACCGUGAAAUUCGCAGCUCCGACAAUUUCAACAAACGAAAAAAUCAUUCUCUCCUCCAUGUUUCACUCACUCUUCACAAUUGCCGUUCAAUUGAGCCCGUGUAUGAAGAGCUCGGGAGUUGAGGUAACUUUUUUGAGUUUUUCGGGGGAAUUUCGAAAUUCUGGGCUGAAAAUGAUGAAUUUUAAGCCAAAAUUUGAGAUUUUUGAUGAACUUUGAGUCUGGAAGCCAAUUUUCAGUCAAAAUUUCAGAUUUUCAGCAAUUUUUCUCGAAAUUUUGAGCUAAAAAUGAUAAAUUAUCGAUUUUUGACUUUCAGAAAAAGCUGAAAAUACUAUUCUUCAGUUUUUUUCGGCUCAAAAAGGUUCCUAGACCUGAAAUUGUUGAUUUUUCUUAAAAUUUGGCUUCAAAUGCUCAGAAAAUGCUGAAAAUCCCAAAUUUUGACUGAAAAUUCUCAAAGAAUGCUGAAAAUUAUGAUUUUCAGCUCAAAACUCAUCAAAAAUCCUAGAAAUUUGGCUCAGAAAUGCUCAAAGGCUUAAAAUUAUUGAUUUUUCACAAUUAUUGGCUGAAAAUGCUCAGAAAAAUCUGAAAAUCAUAGUUUUCAGCUCAAAAUUCAUCAAAAAUCCUAAAUUUUGGCUCAAAAAGGUUCCUAGACCUAAAAUUGUUGAUUUUUCUCAAAAUUUGACUCCAAAAAAUGCUCUUAGGCUAAAAAUUAUCGAUUUUUCACAAUUUUCAGCUUAAAAUGCUUAGAAAAAGCUGAAAAUCAUAGUUUUCAGCUCAAAAUUCAUCAAAAAUCCUAAAAUUUGGCUCAGAAAAUGCUCCCAACCUUAAAAUUAUAGAUUUUUCACAAUUAUUGGCUGAAAAUGCUGAAAAUUGCAGUUUUCAGGUCAAAAUUCAUCAAAAAUCCUGAAAUUUGGCUCAGAAAUGCUCCUAACCUUAAAAUUAUCGAUUUUUCACAAUUCCUUGCUUAAAAUGCUCAGAAAAUGCUGAAAAUCAUAGUUUUCAGCUCGAAAUUCAUCAAAAAUCUUGAAUUUUGGCUCAAAAAGGUUCCUAACCUUAAAAUUAUCGAUUUUUGACUGAAAAUUCUCAAAAAAUGCUGAAAAUUAUGAUUUUCAGCUCAAAAUUCAUCAAAAAUCCUAAAAUUGGACUCAAAAAGGUUCCUAGACCUCAAAAUUAUCGAUUUUUCACAAUUCCUGGCUUAAAAUGUUCAGAAAAAGCUGAAAAUUAUAGUUUUCAGCUCAAAAUUCAUCAAAAAUCCUGAAAUUUGACUUCAAAAAUGCUCCCAACCUUAAAAUUAUCGAUUUUUCACAAUUCCUUGCUUAAAAUGCUCAGAAAAUGCUGAAAAUCAUAGUUUUCAGCUCGAAAUUCAUCAACAUACAUGAACUACCUCUCCGAAACCGGAGGGAAGGGGGUUAACUUUUGAAAAAUUUUUGUGGGGGGCCUUAACUUUUCAAAAAUAAAUUGAAGAAAAAAAUUAGAAAAAAAAUUUUUUUUUCAUUUUUUUUCGAAAUUUUCAGAUUCCAAGAAGGUGAUAUGUGUUUAAAAUGCAGUAAAACUAUUGUUUAUUCAAUUUUACAUAAUCUUGUUUCAAUUUAUUGUGGUUUCUUUCAAGUAACCCCCCUUCCUAGAUCUAGAAUGAGCAUUUUUAAGCAUAUUUGGGCAAUUUUUUUGAAUUUUCAUAUAAAUAUAGCAUCUAAUCGUUACUAAGCGCGAUAAAACUUGUUUCAAAUAUAGUUUAACUCUCGUAGAUAAGAUAUAUAACAACUCUGGUCAAUUUGGUGACGUUUCCUUUCUUCUACCCCCCCUCCGUAUGUUGAAAACCAACAUUUUCUUCAAUUUUCAGGUAUUUUGACAAAUUUUUUCUCCUGAAACCACUAAAUGGGCAUUGAUUCGUGCUAAACACUAGUAAAUAAGUAUAAAAAGGUAUGUCUAACAAUUAUUUGAAGUAUAAUUGCAAAUUACGACCUCUACCCCCCCACUCCGUUUUCGGAGUCUCAGGCUCCGAAAACGGAGUGGGGGGAUAGAAGCUCCAUUUCUUCAUAAAACUUCAAAGAAUUGUUUGGCAUGCCUUUCUAUACUUAUUUACUAGUGUUUAUCACGAAUCAAUGUCCUUAUGGUGGUUUCUGGCUGAUAUAAAUUUCGAAAAUACCUGAAAUUUGGUGAAAAAUGAUGGUUGUCAACAUACGGAGGGGGGUAGAAGAAAGGAAACGUCACCAAAUCGACAAGAGUUGCUAUAUAUCUUAUCUACGAUAGCUAAACUACAUUUGAGACAAGUUUCACUUGGAUUGAUUUAGUGGAACAUGAAAUAUUGAGAAAUUAAAAAAAUUUCAAAAGAAAAAAAUAAUAAAAAACAAAAAACAUACACAUAGGUGGAAUCGAACUGGCGACCUUCCUACUCAAAAACCCACGUGUUAGCCAGUACACCAAGAACGCGAUGAAGACGCUAGCGGCGAAAGUUCAUGAUAAAGAAAGUUUGGCGCCGUAAAAUUAAAAAUGUGGCGGAGGCAAAUAUAAAAAUUACUUUUUUGACAGAAAUUUUUAUAAAAGCCUUCGCCAUCAAUUAACUUUUAAGACUUGAGAAAAAACUAUUGUAUAAUUUUCACGGCAUGUUUAACUUUUUUUCAGAGGUCAGAAAAAAUUUGACAAGAGGGGGGGGGGGUUAACUUUCUCGAUUUUUUUUUCUGGAGGGGGGGGGGUUAACUCGGGGGUCCCCGGAGCGACUAGUUCAUGUAUGUUCAUCAAAAAUCUUGAAUUUUGGCUCAAAAAGGUUCCUAACCUUAAAAUUAUCGAUUUUUGACUGAAAAUUCUCAAAAAAUGCUGAAAAUUAUGAUUUUCAGCUCAAAAUUCAUCAAAAAUCCUAAAAUUGGACUCAAAAAGGUUCCUAGACCUCAAAAUUAUCGAUUUUUCACAAUUCCUGGCUUAAAAUGUUCAGAAAAAGCUGAAAAUUAUAGUUUUCAGCUCAAAAUUCAUCAAAAAUCCUGAAAUUUGACUUCAAAAAUGCUCCCAACCUUAAAAUUAUCGAUUUUUCACAAUUUUCAGCUUAAAAUGCUUAGAAAAAGCUGAAAAUCAUAGUUUUCAGCUCAAAAUUCAUCAAAAUUCCUAAAAUUUGGCUCAGAAAAUGCUCCCAACCUUAAAAUUAUCGAUUUUUCACAAUUUUCAGCUCAAAAUGCUGAAAAUUCCAGUUUUCAGCUCAAAAUUCAUCAAAACUCCGAAAUUUUGGCUCAGAAUUGCUCUGAGGCUAAAAAUUAUCGAUUUUUCACAAUUUUCAGCUCAAAAUGCUCAGAAAAAGCUGAAAAUCCCAAAUUUCAGGUGCUCGAAACCACACAAUUCAAACUUUUCUGCCUGCAAACUCGAACCGGUGUCAAAUUUGUUGUCAUAACUUCAGCUGCCUCAAACAUCGCCGCCGACACUCUUUUAUCCAAAAUGUAUGAGCUCUACGCGGAUUUUGCGCUCAAAAAUCCGUUUUAUUCAAUUGAUAUGCCGAUUAGGUGAGAGAUUUGGGGGUUUUUUUUGAAAUCUGAAAAAUUUGGCUGAAAAUGAGGGAUUUUAAGCCAAAAAUUGUGAAAAUUGGACAAUUUUAAGCCUAGGAACUGAAAUUUUCAGCUUUUUCUGAAUAAUUUGAGCUCAAAAUUAUCAGAAAAAGCUGAAAAUCCUAGUUUUCAGCUUAAAAUUCACGAAAAAUCCCGAAUUUUGGCUCAAAAUCAUCAGAAAAUUCCAGAUUUUCAGCCAAAAACCAAAUUUUCAGAUGUCAAAAAUUCGAGGAAGGCUUGAAAAUUCUGCUGGAUCGUGCUGAAAAAUCGAAUGGAGCUCUGACUUUUUGA